GAAAGGUCAUGGAGGGCAACUUUUUCUCCUACACUCUUGAUCCUACAGAGCGCUUCCAUGAUAUACUGCUGGAUCAGAGACGCAAGCUCCGUGAGCACAUCAAGAGCCUUCGUGAGAUCUCACGUAGAAUCACCAAACUGCACAGGUGCUCUCUGCUAGCCAACAUCACAGGGAGUUCUUUAAGUGCGGCUGGAGCCAUUGCGGCCAUUGUGGGACUGUCCUUGAGCCCUGCUACACUAGGAGCAUCUCUUUUGGCCUCUGGUGUGGGUUUAGGAGUGGCCGCUGCAGGAGGAGCAGUCACCGUGACUUCCGAUCUCUCCUUAGUGCUGUCCAAUUCCCGAGAGGUGAAAAGGGUGAAGGAGAUUGCAGUGGCCUGUCACAGCCAGAUGAGAGAAAUCAUGAACUGCCUUGAAUUCCUACACCGUAAUCAGGGCCCAACAGACCCUAUCUUACUGCAGGCUGAGAGAAACGCUUCACUCUCACUGUACAAUUCCAUCUGCUUCAUGGUCUUCUGUGGCUCACAGGGCUUCAUGGUCCCUGAACACACAAAAGAGGUGACGAAAGUGAGCCAUGUUUUUCUCAAGGCCAAAGUUCAGAAGCUGGCAGAAAACCUGGAAGCCUGCGCAAGACCCAUGGAUGAAAUCUGUGAACUUUUAGAGAACAGGAAAGAAUUCUCCUCGAAGAGAAAAACACCAGCGCUCUGGGGUGUCAGGGGUCAGCAUCACCUUUAAGGACCAAA